CAGGCCGUGGGAGCUGCCGGUCUGUCGCAGUUCGUAUUGCUCAGAGUGUCCGGUAACAUGGCGUCCUCCCGGGUGCAGCACGUGGUGGCGGAUUCUGGAGCUUUCCUGAGGAACGCGGCUUUGCAGGAAUUCGGUGUCAGUAUCCACACAGUGCGGGAGGUGGUCACCGAGAUCCGGGACAAGGCGACCAGGAGCCGGCUGGCUGUGCUGCCCUACCAGCUGCUCUUCAAGGAGCCCAGCGCUGACAGCAUUCACACAGUGACAGAGUUUUCCAAAAAGACAGGAGACUAUGCUAGCCUUUCAGCUGUCGAUAUCAAGGUCCUGGCACUCGCCUUCCAACUGGAGGUGGAGCAUGUUGGACGGGAUCAUCUACGCCUUGAGCCUCCAAGAAGGGUCACUGUCAAGGCUACCGCUCAGCACCCAGAGGCUCCCGUUAAUGUUGCUGGAUUUCACUUUCCUUCCAAGAACAUAACCAGGAAGGAAGGUUUCCCCCAGGCGCCAGGAGGAAUGGAAACACCAUCCCAAAAUGCAGACACAAAUGAAUUUGGUUCGUUCUUGUUCUGGAGAAGUCCUCUUCCCAGCAUUGAAGAUGAGUUGAUGGACCUAAAGAAUGCACAGGUUGUGUCCGUGUCGAGCAGCGGGGAGUCUGUAACAGCUCAGCACCAACUGUCUGAGGAUCAGACGAAUGAAAUUGAAGAACCACCAGAGGCUCACAACCCAAGUGAGGAGGAUGAAGAGGAGGAGGAGGUGGAGGAGGCGGCAGGCUGGAUCACGCCCAAUAAUAUUAAACAGAUCCAGCAAGACAUGGGGGUUCGGGAGGCCCCGCUGAAUGUUGUUGUUGGUUGUUUGACCACAGACUUUGCUAUGCAGAAUGUGCUCAUUCAGAUGGGCCUGCACGUGUUGUCUGUGGACGGGAUGCUAAUCCGACAAACCAGAAAUUACAUCUUGCGUUGCCAUGGCUGCUUCAAGACGACAUCGGACAUGUCGAAGACCUUCUGUCCAUAUUGUGGGAAUAGGACGCUGAAGAAGGUGGCUGUGUCUGUCAAUGAGGAUGGGAGCCUCCAAAUGCAUUUCUCAAAGAACCCCAAAGUACUCAGUUCCCGUGGAAUGAGGUAUUCACUGCCGCUACCUCAAGGUGGAAAACACGCAACAAACCCGCUGCUGGCACCGGACCAACACUUCCCCCAGCAGCGCCUCUCCAAGAAGGCAAGGGCGAAGACGGAUGUCUUUAACCCAGAUUAUAUUGCUGGAACUUCACCCUUUGUAGAGAAUGACAUUUACAGCCGUGCAGCAAAUUUGCAGAUUCGUGAUGGCGCGUUGGGGGCUGGCCGUCGACGUGUGAACCCCAACGCACCCAGAAAAAAAUGCGUGAAGAAAAGAUGAGGUGGCUUACAGCCUACCUACGGGACAAUGUGUGGCACACAUCCAUUUCUGUCUAAAGUCAUGCACUUCGUCCCCAGUGGGAUUCAGCGGAGUGCAGUUGUGGCCUUGGAAGUGAUUUGUUGACUUGAGCAAUAAAUGUAUUUAAAUAAGCCCCCAAACAUUAGAGGGAAAAGGCUGCAAUAUUAACAUUUAAUUAACUCGUUUAGUGAGCACUUUAAAUAAUUGCAGCUGCAGUGCCCUCAGUGGCCAUGUGCUAAUAUAAGACCUGGUGUUUUGUUUUCUGGUAAUUUCGUGAUAUAUAUCCUCGUUAACACCAUGCCAUAGGCAGAUCUCUUUGUUAGGGCAUGCCUGGGAUAUAGUUGAUCCUUGUGGGGUAUAAAUAUAAAUGAGGGUAUUAUAUGUUCAGGAGAUCAGAGCAAAAACCAAUGAACUGGAAUCUGUUAAAUCUAUGAUAAAAUAAUCAGUGAACAUAGACCAGGAAGCAGUUACGGUGCAUGCUGGGAUAUUGAUUUCCAUGUAUAUGUGGUGGUAAUGUACCAGUUUAAGCAAUAAAACACAGUUUCCUUCUGCUUUUUUUUA